GAUACAAUGUCCUAAGCCAUUACAAUCAAACUACAACAGUUAACCAAUUAACAAGUGCCAAAAGUCAAAAUAAGUUAAAUCUACACUCUUAUUAAAACCAGCAAUUGAGCAUUAAUCAUCAAAGACAAGAUGAAAUCAAUACCAAUUUUAAUUUUGCUCCAAGUAGUUUGUCUAGCAUCAGCUUUUCCAUAUUCAUACUUCAACAUGAAUACACUUCCAUACACAGCUCUUCCAGAAUACUUUUCAUGGAGAGAUGUUCCAGGCGUUGUUCGACCAAUUCAGUAUCAAGGUCAAUGUGGAAGUUGCUUCAUUUUUGCAAGUAUCGCAGCAAUUGAAGGACAGCUGAGUAUCCAUUAUGGGAAUCAUCAAAAGUUAUCAGAACAGGAAAUGAUUGAUUGUUUGCAUGACGGAUAUCAUUAUCUUGGAUGUAAAGGAGGUCAUUAUAGUGAUGUUUUUGAGUUUGCACGUAAACAUGGAAUUGUUAGUGCUUAUGACUAUCCUUAUACUGGAUCACAAAAUCAAUGCAGAUCUCAAGGACUUGGAAUUCAUGGAACAAAAGUAAGAAGCUAUGUUCAGCUGCCACGUGACGAAGAAAUGAUUAGAAAUGCUUUAUAUAAGCAUGGACCGCUGUUUAUCUCUUUCCAAGCACCGACGGGAUUUGAUGAACAUAUUGGAGGCAUUUUUACAGAUCAUUUUGGAGGUUGCCAUGCAAAUGGAAAACGAGACCAUACAGCGCUACUUAUUGGAUGGGGAACAGAAAAUGGACAUGAUUAUUGGAUUAUAAAGAAUAGUUAUGGAACAUGGUGGGGCGAAUCUGGAUUUUUCAAAAUGACUCGAGGAAUUAACUUAUGUGGAAUUGCUGAUGAUGUUUCUUAUCCUAUUCUUUAUUAAAUUGAUUGUAACAUUUGAGUGACCAAAGCUGAACUAACUUCUGUACUGCUAAUUUUAUUUUAACCUUAAAAAAUAAAUGAACUUUUAAUUCAAAUUGGAAUUUUGACGACGUUUUUUUAAACAAAAUGGAAAUCUGAACCAUAAAAAAUGUUUAGGACCUCCCCUUCGUCUUCUCCUCAUAAGUCAGAGGGUUCAGAACCAAAGACACAUUUUUGUCAUAUUUUGACAAAUUUGAUCAGUUUCGAAUCUCAGGCCCACAUGCAGCAACCGUCAAUGCACAUUUAAAUUCAACUAGUGAUUGACUUCACUGGAUACGCUCAUACCCCAAU